ACUAUACGCUUGUGUUGACUACGCGAUGCAGGACAGGUUCAUUUCCAGUACUCUACAUAGCUAGCUAUUUUUGCAACUGAAGAUAAAAACAACACAAUUCUGUUAACAAAAGGUGGCGAGUUAAAAAAAAAAAAAUAAUAAAAACGAAAAGGACACCGCAGAGAAGCUGGAGCAAGUAAGUGUUCAGGCAACUUGUCCAUUCAUCUAUCCAUCCACAUAAAUGUACCGUGGGUACAUUUUUUUGGGAGAAGAAGCCCCCCUUCCCUUCCUCCUUCCCCCUUCCCUCUCCUCCAUAUUAUUCAGAACGAGAGCACCAGGUCCAGGAGGGAAGGUGAAGGCCGAUGAACGGGCAGUCUGCUGCUCACAACACCACACAGACCGGAGAGACACAGUAGAUCUUGCACCAGUCUGUGCUGGCGAGUCCCAGAGGUCUGGCGGAGGAAACUUCUGAUCCACCCAUCCCUGACAUGCCAUCACUCCCCAACGAUGGAGAUGAUCAAAAGUCGUCCCCCGUGAACUUACCAUCUGCACUGUCCAAUCAGAAUGGUGUCAAGAGAAAAGUGCGCACUAAGAAGAAGAAGGGCGUCAUCGCUGCCAAUGUGGCAGGAACAAAAUAUGAGAUUGUUCGUAUCGUCAUUGGGGAGAUGGCCUUCCACAAAACCAGAGAUGAGGACGAAACAGCCAACCUCAUCUGGAACGACUCGGCCGUACAGCAUGAGAAAAUCGCCGAGCUCAGGAACUACCAGAGAAUUAACCACUUCCCGGGAAUGGGAGAGAUCUGUCGAAAAGACUGUCUGGCAAGAAACAUGUCCAAGAUGAUUAAAAGCCAGCCUCAGGAAUACAGCUUCAUUCCCAAAACCUGGAUCUUCCCGGCGGAGUACACUCAGUUCCAGAACUACGUGAAGGAGCUGAGACGCAAACGGAAGCAAAAGACGUUCAUCGUCAAGCCCGCAAACGGAGCAAUGGGUCAUGGUAUAUCUUUGAUUCGGAAUUGCGAAAAACUCCCGGCACAAGACCACUUCAUUGUGCAGGAGUACUUGGACAAGCCCUUUUUAAUGGAGGGCUACAAGUUUGACCUACGCAUUUACAUCCUGGUCACCUCCUGCGACCCUCUGAGGAUCUUCCUCUACAAUGACGGCUUGGUGCGGAUGGGAACCGAGAAGUAUCAUACGCCUAAUGAGUCCAAUCUGAGUCAGCUAUACAUGCACCUGACGAAUUACUCGGUAAACAAACACAACGAGAAUUUUGAGCGUGAUGAGACCGUGGAUAAAGGCAGCAAGAGAUCCAUUGGCUGGUUCACUGAAUUUCUCCGCAUCAACAACUACGAUGUCGCCAAAUUCUGGGGCGACGUUUCGGAGCUGGUGGUGAAGACUCUGAUUGUGGCCGAGCCUCAUGUGCUCCAUGCGUACCGCAUGUGCCGCCCUGGACAACCGACAGGGAGCGACAGUGUCUGCUUCGAGGUCCUCGGCUUUGACAUCAUCCUUGACCGCAAGCUGAAGCCGUGGCUGCUGGAGAUCAAUCGAGCUCCGAGUUUUGGGACGGAUCAGAAGAUUGAUUAUGAAGUGAAGAGAGGGGUCUUGCUCAAUGCCCUGAAACUGCUGAACAUCAGAGCGAGCGAUAAGCGCCGAAACCUGGCUCAGCAGAAGGCCGAGGCACAACGACGCCUCUACGGCCAGGGCACCAUGAAGAAACUUUCAGCAGGUUCAUCCGAGUGGGAAAAGCAGCGCCUCACCCUGGAGCGGAGGAAAGAAGAACUGAAAGAGAGGCUGGCCCAGGUUCGCAAGCAGAUCUCCAGGGAGGAGUACGAAAAGCGUCAUCUGGGGAACUACAGACGUAUUUACCCCCCAGAUGACAAGCUGCUCUUGGAGAAGUAUGAGGGCCUCCUCUCGGUUGCCUUUCAGACGUUCCUUGCUGGGCGAGCAGCCUCACUUCAAAAAGAAAUGAAUAAUCCUCUGAAACGAAUGAAGGAAGAGGACAUCUUGGAUCUGCUGGAGCAGUGCGAGUUGGAUGAUGAGAAGUUGAUGGGAAAGACAUCCAGGCAGAGAGGAGUGAAGGCCUUGUCCUCCAUGCCCGAGAGCGCCCAGAUGCCCAGGAGGCACAGGGACUACGAAGACAGCUCGGGCAGCUGCAACAGUAGCAGAACGUCAUGCUCAAACACUGAUGAAGAGGAAGAGAGCACCAACGACCUCCAAGAGAAGAAGGUCUCCAUUGAGGUUGGGGAGAGCAGACAGAAAACCUCUGAGCGUUCCAGCCGUGUGCACUGGAAGCCUGCUCCCAAACCAGAGAAAUUGGGCUCAGUAUCCUCACCAUCGCUGUCAGGACUCAUCCGCCGCUCUGUGUCAUGCCCGCGCUCCAUCUCUUCUUUGAGUGGACAGUCACCCAGCAGUGACGGUAGAGGCACCUCGAACAAGAGUUUGCCACAGAUGGGAAGCACUAGUGUGGCAUCAGCCCAUGCAGGAGUUUUGGCUCCGCCAACAUCGUUGGUUCGACCGCACACAGCUCUGCGCUCACACUCUCUCAGCCGCAACAUCUCUGCCCACAGAAUGCCCCACAGCAGCAGCCUGGGCACUAUCCACUCCACCAUGGGAGAGUCCCUGCUGAACGCGAGGAGCAAGGAGCAGGAGGCGGAGCUGACGCGGCAGACGCUGGCCGCGCUGGGGGAGUUACGCAUCCGAUUCCCAGGGAAGAGCGAGGAGGAAGCGGAGGCCGUGCUGGACGAGAUUUUAAACAACUGGAAAUAUCAUAAACCAAAAGUGGCUUCUUAUUGGCUUGUGAAGUUAGAUGCCACCAAACAAAGAAAGGUCCUGGACAUUGUCCGCACCAAUGUUCGUUCAUUGCUCCAGAGGAUCUGGAGGGAGCCUGACAUCGACAGUUUACGUCUCUACCGCCUUUUUAACCGCGUCUUCAGUCGCCUGCUCUGGAGCCAUGGUCAAGGCCUGUGGAACUGUUUCUGCAGCUCUGGCAGGUCAUCGUGGGAGAGCAUCUUCAGCAAGAGCAGCGAGGUGGUGACGCCGCAGGAGUUGCAGUGCUGCCAGCGCUUGGUGCAGCUGUGCCGUGACUGCCUGCUGGUGGUUUACAAGUUCGUAGUGGAGUCGCGCGGGUCGCUGACCGGCCUGAGCCCAGAGUGGGAUGAUCCCAGGUAUCUGGUGCCAGUGACCUCCCAGUUCAUCAUCAAGUGGCCUUCCUCCAGCUCGAGCCGGAACGUGGCCUCUCGCAGUCUUUUCACCACCCGCAUGGGCCACUUCUAAUCCACCCUGGACACUCGCCGCCUCCUGGGGAGGAAAGGAGCACAGAUCCCUCUGCUGAACCCCUCUUUGGGGACACGCUGACUCUGGAAGCAUGCAAAAAGGGAUUUUGCCAGUCCGCUUUUUUAGAUGUAGUCAUUGGCGCAUCAGAGGCAGACAUUUAGGCAGUCCCUCCCAUGAGUUCGGCUUGUGCCCAUGGAUCUCAUCUCAUGUUUAAAAAAAGAAAAAAAGUCUGCUGUACAGUUAUCUCCUUUAUUAUACUGUAAAAUAUGAUUCACCAUAAUGGAUUUAUUUCCAGGACUUGCAAAACAAUUCUGUCAAUAACAGUGAAUGUUUCAGUGACAUUUAGAUGGAAUGGGAUUUGUGUGUAUGCUCGUUGAUGAAGGAAGAACAUACAUUGCUGUUUUUCUUUUUCGCUGCUUGCAACGUUUGCCAAUGGCUGGUGCUGUUUUUCUUAAAUGAUUCUAUUGCAUUUUGCCACAGUAUGUAGUAGUAAGAAGAAUUUAGGGGUACAGAGAGGUUUUGUCAAAUUGCUUUUUCUCAAGAGCCAGGAUAAAGGAAGGUCUUCUGAUAACCUGCCUCUCAGAAAAGAGAGAGCAAAAUUCUGCAGCGCUGCAGCCAAUAGCGUUCACUUGUGUAUGCCUAUACACAGUCUUUUAAACUUGCGUUCACAACUGACGAAGGGUAAAUCACUGCACAUGAGAAAUACUUGAAUUUAUUUAUACUAUUUAUUUUAUUUUAAAUGUUUAUUUACAUGCACUACUAACUUAAGUUUUUUUUUUAAUCGUUUUAUGUAUGUUAGUUGUUUUUGUGUUAUUUACUAUAGCUAUGAGAAUGAGUUUUAAAGUACUGUAGGUCUUUGCUAAACUGCCAUGUUUGUGUUUUAGCAGCUAUGCCCUGUAUUUUCUCACACUGUAUGCAAGUGCCAGUGCAGAUUGUGGCGUGCCAAGACUAAGCACAACCAGGAAUGUGUUAAUGGCUUCUAAAUCGAGGUUAGUGAGUAAUUAGAUUACUCCGUAUGACAGUAGGUAGUGUUAGAAUUUCAAUUUGAAAAAGCUCCUGGUAGCUAAUUUUCAGGUAGAUUGUAUCCCGUAAAAAAAAAAAAAAAAAAAAAAAAAAAUGCUAAUGCAGGAUGUUUUUGGUUAUGUCCUUCAGCAGUCCUUUUUUUUAAUGAAUAUGGCGAUAACGAUAUGCUAUGAAACCUAUAUGCUAUUUUUUUUUCUCCUAUCCCUUAGUGUCAUUUCACUAUGCCUGGAUUUCGUACAUGUUCAUUCUAGAUAAUGAUUCUUAAGUUUAACAGCAAUAAAAGACUGGUGGUUCUAGA